GCUGAACACAGGGAACAGCCUCCUAGCUCAGAAUCAUGUGGUCUGGGACCUCGUUCGUUGUCAGCUAUGUCAAGGACACUCUGCUAGCAUCUUGGAUUCCUCCAUUCAUCAUCCUUCCUUCCGCACCCCCAGUGAGAUGUUAACACUGAAUUGGCUACCACACAAGCAUUGCAGGAUGUUGAGGACCACUCCUCCUAGGAUCCUAAUGCUUUACUUGGUAAAAAUGUCUUUCUUCUUGACAUGGAUCAAAGCUAUUUUUAUCAUUGCCUUGGCAUUUCCUCAUUAUUCCGAAACUUCUUUUAAAGGUUUCCCAGAAAGUCGUCAAAUGCCAAGCUGUGAGGUCUAUAUGCAUCCAUCACAUUUCUGCACAAGAGAAAAGGAUCCAGUCUGUGCAACCAAUGGUCAGACUUAUUCCAACACAUGCGUUUUCUGCAACGAACAACUUGAAAGUGGCGGAGCAUUUCAGUUUGGUUAUUAUGGUCGAUGCUGAUUUUGCCUGAGCUACACAUUCCUACGGCUUUUAUUGUGAUCCAGUUUUGUGGUAGAUUCUACAACCAGUUAGAAUCUACUCAGUCAGGGUUUUAAAUUCCUAGAUAACCAGACAAAGACUUCUAUUGUAUUAAGAUGGAAUAUGUUGUUGAAGAAUUUUCCUAAGACCCUAUGAUUGAGAGAUUUUUUUCUUUUUUAUCUCGUUAUUCAAAGACAACUGAAAAAUUAUCUUAAUUGUGUGAUUCUUAACUGAGCAAGAUAAAACCUAAUGCAAUUUAAAAGCACAAAUAUUUCAAUCAACACAAUGCUCAAUAAUAUUAUCCUUUUAAAAUACCCUUUCUUUCGUUGGUUAGUGGA